AUGACUAGCACUACUGGUGAAGAUCGAGAGAAGAAGAGUAAGACGAACAGUGGACCGGUAGAAGCACUCGAAGACCCAGAAACUACAAGGGCAGGUCAGGCAGCCGAGCCCGGUGAUGAGCCACUGGGCUCUGCCUCGUCGGAGUCUAGAGGUAUUGCAGAAGCAGAAGAGAGCAAAUUGAAUUCCCAACCCGGCGAUGAGCCACAGAGCACAGCCUCAGCUGCAAUGCUAGAUGAGGUACAAAGCGCCAUCCCCAAACUUAUCUCAAGCAGGAGUAGUCCCAUUUUUGACCGCUCGGAGCCAUUCUGGCAAUACAUGAGAAUCGCGACAGCCACGGGCAGACCAAUUCCUCAAAGUAUCAGAGAGGCCGAAGCUUUAUUGAACGCCGAAGAAAUGUACAUCAUUCCCAAUAUGUCAGCUAGUAACGACCCCGAGAAUGAGACUCCGCACAAGAAGCAGAAACUGAGCAAUCUGCCGAUGGCCUACCAUUCCACGUAUUCUCAAGAAGACUCCGAGGCUUACUAUUCCACGUAUUCUCGAGACGACUUCGACGAGCCGAGCUACACAGCAGUCUUGGAUCUAGAGUGGGGUUGGCACGUCGACAAACGGAAGGUAGCCCAACCCCUGAGAAAGGACUUCGUGAGAGUGAAAGAAGAGCAGAGCUGGCUGAACGAUCCUGCGUAUCAAUGCAAGAAUCAUUCUGAAGCCUGUCACAACCUGGGCAUUGUCGAUGAACAAUAUCUCCAGAUACCAGGAAUGCGCCAGGAUGCCGUUUUAGAAGAAUGGCAACCGGUAGCCGUAAACAGACUUGACCAGAUCCGACGAAUGGGUCUGACCAGAGGAGCGAUUCUCGCAGACGCUGUCGGCCUUGGUAAAUCCUGGGAGGCACUGGCACUCAUGAUGCACAUGGUCAGAACGGGAAGCCACCAAGGCAAACCUUUCAUUGUUGUUGCUCCAUCUCUCUUUGUUGAUCAAUGGGCCGAGAAAAUACACGCAAUGACUGAUAUUUUCCAUAUCUGGAUCUAUGCGCCCAACCGGCAAGGCGAUGAUGCAUCAUCCGAGAACCGCAUUGUAACGAGAUUGGAGGCGCAGCAUGAAGUAUUCGGGAGCAAGGAACAAGACCCCGCAGUGGUUGUGACCAGCUACGAGACACUCUCAAGCACGCAUGGUCCCUCGGCUGUCAAAAAAUGGUGCUGGAAUAACGCGGAAGUCUAUGAUCCGGACGCACUAGACAUGCCGGCUCGUUGCACCCGUUCCUUACGAGGAAAGUUCUCAAUGGCGGUCUUCGACGAAGCGCACUUGCUAUGCACACGUAGGUCGGGCUUUUCGCUCGCCGGUAUGUGGUUACACGCCCCUUUCAACCUGCUUCUGACCGCAACUCCGUUCUUCCGUGGCAUUCGUGAUUUUGGCAGCUAUGCGCCAAUCUUGCUUUGGCCAUAUCCUCUACCUGCCAACGCUUAUGACCCCACUCGAUUGACUAGUAUCUUCCAUUCUGCAUUUGGUUCAGACGAUUCAAGAAUCUUGUGCAGUAGAGAGUUUGUCUUCAAGCAUGUUCUGGCGCCGAACAUCGAUUCUCCGCAACUUCGCAUUCGUGCCAUACUAAAACACUUGAUGGUUCGACGGACCGUAGCGUCUUGCGUAUGGUUAGACUCAGAUCGGAAAAUCAGCGCGUGUCCCCCAGCAGCAUUAAGGGUACCCAUGAUCACUCCUUUCAAGGACGCAGAACUUCAGAUUUAUCAGCACUGUGCGGAUAAGUACCAGAGCAAUUUCCUUGAACCGAAUCCUAAAAAUUACACGCUUUACAAAUGGGACAUGCAAAAACUCCGUCAAGUGCUUAUGGGAUCAACCUGGAUUGGGCUUAUUGCUCUGGAACGGCGCUUGGCUUCCACGAGUUUAAUCUCUGACAUUGAGGCUCUCAAUGACGGUAGAAACGAGGUGCUUCAGAGAUUCCGGGAGGCCCUGGAGAAAGACGGAAUACCAAUGGCAGGGGAACAGGGAAGAAGCUUCUAUCAGAAACCAUUGCCAGCAGCAACAGAUUCGGAUGCGGGUCCGAGUGAUGGGAACAGAGAUCCUCUACACCUCAAGUCCGAAGGGCUCGAUCUUCUUCUGCACGGGUCACCAAAGAUGCGUUCUCUCAUGAAAUCGCUCAAACUCCAGGUGUGUCUUCUAGGCGAGAAGGCCGUGAUCUGGACAUACCACCCAGGAGAAGAAGUUUUCGUCGGUGCAGCCCUUCAUGAAACAGGCAUUCCGUUCGCAAUCCUCCAUCCGGACUCCCAGAAGGAGAGGAGAGACAGCAUCAUCACGGAUUUCACCUGUACAAGCGGCAAUGGAUGCAUGGUCCUUGUUCUUUCGUACCUGGUUCCCUCUCUGGACUUGAAUCUACACUUGGCGUGCCGGCAGGUUCACCUGUUCUCGCCGCCCCCCUCUCGUGCAGUGUUUGACCAAGCAGUGGGACGGGUCCUCGCCUUCCGGUGUGGAGAAACCCGGCCGGUGACUAUUUUCGAGCAUCAGGUCCCCAAUACUCUCAACAUCAAUCUUGACAGGCACAGCAGGUGGAGUGAUCUACCUGGCUUCCAGACAAAUAUGUGUAAAAGUUUGGCGCCCAACUUGAAGAAGGGCGCGUUUGACCUUAGAUGGUACGUGAUCCGAGACGAUCAAAUUGUGGCUCUGGGACGUGGAGAGCCUCUGGCGAAGGGCGAUAUCCGGGACCCAUGGCAGACGAUCGAAAGGGUAAAGCGUUCGAUAUGGAACAGAAGCUAG